AUAAAAUCGGGCAGGAUCAUCGUUACCUAAUCUGCGUCUGCUGUCUAAUUCACAACACGUCGUAUACGAUGCGUGUCGGGGAAUCACACUGAUUGUAACUUUAAGAUUUACACUAUGGGAGGCCAGUUGUCCAUUGAUGAGAAGGUUCAUGUGGUAAUUGUUGGUGGUGGGUUUGGUGGCAUUGCAGCUGGCAUGCAUCUUAAAAGUCACGGGGUACCCUUUAUCUUGAUUAACCCUUUAGAUGCAUUUCAUCACAAUGUUGCAUCACUGCGCGCUUCAGUUCAAAGUGGCUUUGCCCAGCAAACCUUUAUCCCUUACAAAAAAACAUUUGGCCUGAAUUUCCUUCAGGGCCGUGUGACACAAAUAGACACUACAGAAAAAUUUGUUGUGCUCGACAAUGGAAAGGAAGUAAGAUAUUCACACCUGAUUCUCUGUACUGGGUCAGAUGGACCUUUUCCUGGGAAAUGCAGCAAUGUGGAUACGUACCAGAAAGCCAUAAAGAAAUAUGAAGAUAUUGUAAAAGAGGUCCAGGCAGCUGACUCAGUGCUCGUAGUUGGUGGUGGAUCCACCGGGGUGGAAAUGGCUGCUGAGAUCAGGACAGAAUAUCCAAACAAGAGGGUUAUUCUUGUUCACUCACGUGAUACCCUAGCUGAUUCAGAGCUGCUUUCCAGUGUAAGAGAAGAGGCCAAACAGGUACUACUCGAGAAAGGAGUGGAGUUAUUUUUAGGACAGAAAGUUUCAAACCUUGAUGAGCUGGAACUGAAUGUGAAGGGCAAAAUGAUAAAGACGGAUAAGAACGAGCAGUUUACUGUUGACCUUAUUAUUUUCUGUACAGGGAAUAAGAUCAAUUCAGAUGCAUACAGGUCCAGUUUAGCUGGGUCUCUGGCACAGAAUGGAGCCCUGAAAGUGAAUAAGCACAUGCAGGUGGAGGGCUUUGAAGAUAUAUAUGCUGUUGGGGACUGUGCUAACGUGAAUGAACCAAAGAUGGCCUACCAUGCUGGACUUCAUGCCAAGGUGGUUGUGACAAAUAUUAUUAACAGUCUGGCCGGAAAAGCACUGACGUCAUACAACACAGGAAAUGUGACAAUGCUGUUGGCUAUGGGCAGAGAUGAUGGUGUGGGACAAUUCAAUGGUUAUAAACUACCUCGCUUCUUAGUCACUAAGGGGAAGAGUCAAGGCUUACUGCUGUGGAAGAGCUGGAUGGAAAUGGGACAGAAAGCACCUAGCUAGUAGGUAGCCACAGGGUCUAUUAUUGUGCAGUACACAAAACUACAUUCAUCUAGUUCAAGGAGAUUCCUAUUCCUAUUGGUGUGGUGGUAAUUUUGUUAUCAGCCUAAAUAGAAGGACAUAUAUGCUGUUAAUUAUAUAUCUUCAAUGUAACUAAAGAUUUUUUAAUAACAGUACUGUAUCUCGCAGUGUUUUUAAUGGGUUCACAUGGAAGAUACAUGUUUAAUAAAGUGUACUUUUCCCCCCUGACAAACAGUUAAAACAUCUUUACAUACAGGUGCCAUGAAUUUUUUUUUCACUUAUUUUUUCUUUUUUUGUAAUGUCCAACAAAGUCCAUUUGUUAAGUGUUCACAUAUAUACUGCUGUAGUAUAGUAUGUAGUAUAUAUAAUACCUCCAUGCAAUACAGGGAAGACAUUUAAAUGUAAAAUCACAAGAUAAAUAUUAGAUGAUGAAUCAGGAUUCCAGCUUUUGUUUACUAACCUUUACAUCUACUGUAGAUUAAACAAACCUUUUGUUUGACUUUACACAUUUUUGUGAGCCUUGUGAAAACUGUUACCCAGUGUCCUAAUAUUAUAUGCUGUUCAGUUUACUGAAAGACUGUCUGUCCAAUAAUUUGUUUUCCCUUAAAAAGUGUAUAGUCUGUCACCAAGGAACGUAUGAUCUUAGAUGGCUAUCCAAAUGUAAAUAUUAGGAAAUUAAAUUCUGAUAUAACGUAUCAUGCUCAUCUUUUGAUUUCAAGCCUAAAUGCCCUUGGUGUAUAGCAAAAAUGAAUAAAUUUACCUUGCUUUGGA